AUGAGGCCUAUAAGUCUUAGUAAUGUUAUCAAUAAGGUCAUAUCCAGAGUAGUGCAUAACAGACUAGAUAAGAUACUUACAAGGGUGAUAUCUUCAAAUCAGUCUGGCUUUGUAAAGGGCAGAAAUAUAAUUGAGAAUGUGUUGUUGACACAGGAAAUUAUUACUGAUAUAAGGAAGAGAGAAAAACCAGCAAAUGUUGUAAUUAAGCUGGAUAUGGCAAAAGCAUAUGAUAGGGUCUCAUGGUUAUAUCUCUGUAAAGUCAAGGGAAUAAUGGGAUUUUCUCUAUUCUUCAUUGAUUUGAUAUGGAGGCUGUUGGUAAAUAAUUGGUAUUCAGUUCUUUUAAAUGGCCAGGCACAUGGUUUCUUUCAUUCUACAAGGGGUGUCAAGCAAGGAGAUCCACUUUCUCCUGCUCUCUUUAUCAUUGCUGUAGAAGUUCUUUCAAGGGCCUUAAAUUCUUUGUUUGAUCAGUCUGAUGAUACAAUCAUUUUCUCAUCAGCUGAUAGCCAAUCUUUACACAUAAUCAUGGACAUUCUUCAGGAAUAUGAGAAAGUAUCUGGACAGAUGAUAAACAAGAGAAAAAGUUCUUUCUAUUUGUUCAGCAAGGUAUCACAGGAGAUAAGUGAGCAGGUAGAAACAAUAACAGGAUUUGUGAGAGGACACUUUCCUUUUACAUAUCUUGGAGUUCCCAUUACUCAUGCCAGAAAAAGGAAGGUGGAUUAUACUGAAUUAUUGAAGAAAAUCAAAGACAGGUUACAAACUUGGAAGGGCAAGUUACUAUCCUAUGGAGGAAAAGCAGUGCUGAUCACUAGUGUGCUUCAAAGUGGUUUGGGUUUCAGGUCUAUCUAUGACACAUCCAAAGCUCUAUGUGCUAAACUCUGGUGGAAGUUCAGAACCACUAGCUCUCUUUGGGAUAAUUUCAUGUGGAAUAAAUACUGUAAAAAACAAAUUCCCCAGUCCUGGCAAAUCAAUGAGCAGGUUGAAGAUGUUUCAGAACUUAUGACAGAUGGAAAAUGGAAUAUCAGCAAACUAAUGCAGCUGUUUCCUGAGGAUAUUGUGCAGCAUAUAAUACAGGAAAUUGACAUUAAGUAUGCAUCAAAUGAAUGGGAUAGACCUUGGUGGAUGAUGACAAGCACAUGCAAGUUUACAUUUAAAGUCCCAAUUGAUGAAGUGGUGGCAAGUAUUGGUAUUCCAUUAGUCUCAAAGUGUUGCUGCUGUCAAAAUGCUCAGAUAGAGACUAUAAAUCAUAUGUUUCUAUGUGGGGAAUUGGCUACAAAGGUCUGGAGAUACUUCAAUAUGGGGGCAGGACUGAGUAUGAAUUGUGUUCAGGUCAAGCAGGCUAUAAGAAGUUGGUGGGAAGCAAAAUGCCAUUUCAAAAUGAAAACCAUAUACAAAGCAGUGCCUGCUUUUAUAGUGUGGGAAAUAUGGAAGUGGAGAAAUCAUAGGCUUCAUGGUGGAAAUAUGAAUCUGAAUAGAGUGCUGUAUGACAUAAAUAUGAACAUUCAUAUGUUAUGUAAACUUCAGUUCCCUGGGAUGAACAUUCCAACUAUAUGGCAUCAAAUGGUUCAAUUCUUUGAAGGAUAUAAGCCUACUGUCAUUUGUAGAAUUAUUGAAUGGAGGAGACCUGCACCUGGAAUUUACAAGUGCAAUACAGAUGGAGCUGCUAAAGGAAAUCCAGGUCCAAGUUCUUCUGCCUUUUGUAUAAGAAAUGAAAAGGGAGAUCUGGUGUAUGCAGCUGCAAAAAGUUUGGCAGAUGGAACAAAUAUUGUGGCUGAGGCUGAGGCUGAGGCUGAGGCUGUUAGAAUGGGACUGAGGCACUGUGUGGUAAAACAGCUUUUUCCAUUGAUUAUAGAGACAGAUUCCAUGACCAUGAAGAUGAUUCUAAAUGAUGAAUGGAAGGUUCCUUGGAGUAUCUCAAUGUUGGUGGAUGAUAUCAAGAGGAUGAUGACUGAUCACACAGUUUCUGUGGAGCAUAUACAUAGAGAAGGAAAUGGGCUUGCAAUUUUUUUAACUAACUUUGUUUUUGGUUUUGCAGGAUCAAUUCAGUUUCAUAAUUUCAGGAAUAACCAAGUCAAGCUAAGAGGAUUUUGA